AUGUUAGAAAAGUUGUUGCUGUGGUGUUUGCUGCUUUUUAUGGUUAAUCAAACCAAAGGCGCAAGCCUAUCAACCCUUAAAAACGUCAGCUCAUCCAGUAUAUACUACCCCGACUGUUACGAUCCUAGCAGAGCUGUAGAUGGGAAAUAUAUGCAAGAUGAUACUUGUGUAAAUAUGUUUUUAGGCAAUGAUGUUUCUGGCGGCCCAAACUGGUGGCUGGUCGACCUUGGAGUCAAAUAUUUCAUUGAUAGAGUUAAGGUUUUUAACACUGAAAACCACGAAACAAGCUUAAACAUGUUCAUAGUGGGCCUAUCAAACAUAGCAACGUCAGUGGAUAGAAAUACGUACGAUGUAUGUGACCAGUUCUCACAGUCAACGAGUCUGAUAAGUUCAUACCAAGUGAAAUAUUCUAAAGUUUGGCUGCGUAACUCAAACAGACGUCUGAAGAAAUCACCAAUGCUGAAAGUUACAGCAUCGUCUCGUAUGACCUGCGUUAUUCAAUGUAACAUUCACAAAUGUUGUUCUGCUAAUUUUAAUGAAGUUUCAAAAAUAUGCGAAUGUUUUCAAAAUCUGAAGGGGAGUGGAGAGUCCUACGUUGCUGAGCCGGCUGUCGGCUGGGACAACUUCAAAUUUCAAUUCGUGUAA